CUCUCACCCUCUUUCGCACUCUUGUUCCUCCCACACGACACACAACACACGACACACGACACACGAUAUACCCACAUACGUACACCCACCCUCAUCACCUACUCGGGACUAAUCCAUCUGCACAUCCACCACCGUAACCGCAUCCAGUUGGACUCGGACAUGACCGACCAUCCUGCUCCUGCUGCUGUAUGCGCCAACCCCAAACUCUCCCUUCGGUCGGGACGCGUCUGCCUUUCCGAUGCAGCUUCUCGUCGAGGGAAAACAACACUCGGGCGGCCUGUUCGUGGCGGGCAGAGGAUGAUGGCCUGCUCGUCUCCGUACAUGGAUCUAACGCGCCUCCGCUCCCUCGGAAUCGUCACAUCCUCCACUACCACCACCACCACCACCACCACCACCAUGUCAUGACCACCCACUACCUACCGGUCAUGGUUCUGUCUGAUCGAAGAAGGCACACGGAACGUUUCGAAUCAUUCCUCACCCAAGAAUUGUCAUCGCUCUCUCUCUCUCUCUCUCUCUCCUCACAUGAGCGUCCCCUCACCACCGCUUGCCGGGAACGUGCCUGGCAAUUACCACGCCGCAUUUGCUUCGUCUGACGUGAUCGUCGACCUCUCUGGUCGAGGUCGCAUGUUGGCGCAGAGUACCGGUCACAUCUUCCACCACACACCCGCCGCC